AUGGGAGCCUUACACCAGAGCCAUAACAUCAUGGGAGCCUUACACCAGGGCCAUAUCAUCAUGGAAGCCUUACACCAGGGCCAUAACAUCAUGGGAGCCUUACACCAGAGCCAUAACAUCAUGGGAGCCUUACACCAGGGCCAUAUCAUCAUGGGAGCCUUACACCAGGGCCAUAACAUCAUGGGAGCCUUACACCAGGGCCAUAACAUCAUGGGAGCCUUACACCAGGGCCAUAUCAUCAUGGGAGCCUUACACCAGGGCCAUAACAUCAUGGGAGCCUUACACCAGGGCCAUAACAUCAUGGGAGCCUUACACCAGGGCCAUAACAUCAUGGGAGCCUUACACCAGGGCCAUAACAUCAUGGGAGCCUUACACCAGGGCCAUAACAUCAUGGGAGCCUUACACCAGGGCCAUAACAUUAUGGGAGCCUUACACCAGGGCCAUAACAUCAUGGGAGCCUUACACCAGGGCCAUAACAUCAUGGGAGCCUUACACCAGGGCCAUAACAUCAUGGGAGUCUUACACCAGGGCCAUAACAUCAUGGGAGCCUUACACCAGGGCCAUAACAUCAUGGGAGCCUUACACCAGGGCCAUAACAUCAUGGGAGCCUUACACCAGGGCCAUAACAUCAUGGGAGCCUUACACCAGGGCCAUAACAUCAUGGGAGCCUUACACCAGGGCCAUAACAUCAUGGGAGCCUUACACCAGGGCCAUAACAUCAUGGGAGCCUUACACCAGGGCCAUAACAUCAUGGGAACCUCACGCCAGGGCCAUAACAUCAUGGGAGCCUUACACCAGGGCCAUAACAUCAUGGGAGCCUUACACCAGGCCCAUAACAUCAUGGGAGCCUCACACCAGGGCCAUAACAUCAUGGGAGCCUUACACCAGGGCCAUAACAUCAUGGGAACCUCACGCCAGGGCCAUAACAUCAUGGGAGCCUUACACCAGGGCCAUAACAUCAUGGGAGCCUCACACCAGGGCCAUAACAUCAUGGGAGCCUCACACCAGGGCCAUAACAUCAUGGGAGCCUCACACCAGGGCCAUAACAUCAUGGGAGCCUCACACCAGGGCCAUAACAUCAUGGGAGCCUCACACCAGGGCCAUAACAUCAUGGGAGCCUCACACCAGGGCCAUAACAUCAUGGGAGCCUCACACCAGGGCCAUAACAUCAUGGGAGCCUCACACCAGGGCCAUAACAUCAUGGGAGCCUCACACCAGGGCCAUAACAUCAUGGGAGCCUCACACCAGGGCCAUAACAUCAUGGGAGCCUCACACCAGGGCCAUAUCAUGGGAGCCUCACACCAGGGCCAUAACAUCAUGGGAGCCUCACACCAGGGCCAUAUCAUCAUGGGAGCCUCACACCAGGGCCAUAACAUCAUGGGAGCCUUACACCAGGCCCAUAACAUCAUGGGAGCCUUACAUCAGGGCCAUAACAUCAUGGGAGCCUCACACCAGGGCCAUAACAUCAUGGGAGCCUUACACCAGGGCCAUAAUAUCAUGGGAGCCUUACACCAGGGCCAUAACAUCAUGGGAGCCUCACACCAGGGCCAUAACAUCAUGGGAGCCUUACACCAGGGCCAUAACAUCAUGGGAGCCUCACACCAGGGCCAUAACAUCAUGGGAGCCUUACACCAGGGCCAUAACAUCAUGGGAGCCGUACACCAGGGCCAUAACAUCAUGGGAGCCUUACACCAGGGCCAUAACAUCAUGGGAGCCUCACACCAGGGCCAUAACAUCAUGGGAGCCUUACACCAGGCCCAUAACAUCAUGGGAGCCUUACACCAGGGCCAUAACAUCAUGGGAGCCUCACACCAGGGCCAUAACAUCAUGGGAGCCUUACACCAGGGCCAUAAUAUCAUGGGAGCCUUACACCAGGGCCAUAACAUCAUGGGAGCCUCACACCAGGGCCAUAACAUCAUGGGAGCCUUACACCAGGGCCAUAAUAUCAUGGGAGCCUUACACCAGGGCCAUAACAUCAUGGGAGCCUCACACCAGGGCCAUAACAUCAUGGGAGCCUUACACCAGGCCCAUAACAUCAUGGGAGCCUUACACCAGGGCCAUAACAUCAUGGGAGCCUCACACCAGGGCCAUAACAUCAUGGGAGCCUUACACCAGGGCCAUAAUAUCAUGGGAGCCUUACACCAGGGCCAUAACAUCAUGGGAGCCUCACACCAGGGCCAUAACAUCAUGGGAGCCUUACACCAGGGCCAUAACAUCAUGGGAGCCUUACACCAGGGCCAUAACAUCAUGGGAGCCUUACACCAGGGCCAUAACAUCAUGGGAGCCUUACACCAGGGCCAUAACAUCAUGGGAGCCUUACACCAGGGCCAUAACAUCAUGGGAGCCUUACACCAGGGCCAUAACACCAAGACGCCACACCAGAGGUAA